GAGAGCGUCAACUCCGAGAUCAGCCAGAUCGCUGACUCCAUCUCCAUUUGCACUCAGUUGCUCAGCAAUCUCCACGCCACGGGCCUUUCCCACACCACUUGCCUUGAUGAGAUCGCAGCGGACUUGAGCAGCGUGCAAGAAGGCGGCGUCUCCAAGGCGCUCCUGGAAGAGCUGCAGAGUGACAUUGCAGCCAUGCGCCAAGCAAUCCAAUCCAUUCAGAUUGAUGAUGGCAACGUGUGUCCCAUCGAGCAGCGCCGAGCAGAACCAUCAGUCGACGACCUCGCCGCUUCGAAGCGCGGCGACUUCAGCACGACGACGUCGAUCGACGCCGAGAAGAACGGGCGCGAGGGCGACGCCACCAUGUUCAGUGAGGAGGCGGCCGUUUUGGGUGCACGGAGCGGGUUCAGCGGCCGAGAGCGCCCCCCCCAAGCCCGACAGGGACGGGCCGCGCAUGGAGCGCACACGGACGUGCACCGUCCGGCUGGCGCGGCGAACCGCGCGACGACGGCAGCGGUGGAGUGGCAGGAGCUGCUGUCGGAGAGGGCCACGGAAUGGAUGGCGCAGGCCGAUGCUGACAAUCCGGCUGCCGACCGAGGGUCGGCGAGCGAGAUGCACUGGCCGACCGAGGGAGUGAAGGGCGGCGAGGUGACGGGCGGAUCGCCGGGCGGAUCGCGUGAUCGGAGGGAACGAGAUGACGGAAAUGAAGAGGAAGAAGAUGAAAGAGAUGGAGGAGAUGCAAGAGAUGAAGGAGAUGAAGAUGAUCGAAGUGCGCAGCAUUGCAGUGAAGAUGGAGCAGAUGGUACUGCUGAUCAUCUGGAUCAUGGCCAUCAUGGCUGCUUUGACAGCGCGCAUGGAAGAAGCUCUCAGCUUUCGGAUGAUGCAUUGCAUGGGACCUUUUCCAGCGACGGACGGGAUGGAGAUGGCAGAGAUGGCAGAGUGUUGCCCCGACUGCUGCAUUCCGCGGUGGACAAGUUCUCCUCGCCUCACGCGUCCGCGACAGCCGCGGCGCACGCCGUCGCGACGGCGAAGGCCGUGGGAGGCGAGGACUCGCCUCCAGCGCUGGACUCGCCGUUCUUCCCGAGAGCCGAGGAGCCUUCCGGGCGCACACCAGACUCCGCAUCAGAGCAUCACUUGACCCACGCGGCGCCCGCGGCGGAGCGGGUGGAAGCGGUGAAGUCACUCGACCUGCCGCGAGCCGCGUCCAGCGGCGUCCCACGGACGUUGGCAGCCACGGAUGCCAGCUCCGUCGCCUCAUCGGAGUCCUACGACCCCGAGCUGCUGCAAACCCUGGAUCUUCCCGUUUUUUUGAAAGAUUGCGGUCUCAGCCGCUGCCGUCGGGGCGUCUACCUCGGGCACUGGGGCCAUGACGGCAGCGGCGGCGCGCCAGGUGAAUCGGAAGGCAACGCCAGUUCAUGUGACGAGUGGAACUUGGAGAGCUUGGACAUGGAGGAGUGGCAGCUGAUGGCCGCAUGUCUCCACUACCCAGGUGCUGUGGAACUCCGGCAGCGGCUCUUGGAGCCCAUUGGCCUUUGGCCGAGCCACGCGAGCCGCGGGGCGGUUCCCGCGGCGCUGGCGCGAAGGUCAGUCAAGAUGGAGCAAAGCACGGUCGCGUCACAGGAUGGUUUAUACCAGGAACUCCUCUUCGGGCCGCAGCGGUGAGGAGAGCGGGGCGAGCGAGUCCUUGGGCGGAGCGCUGAGGCGGAAGCGGCGCUUGACCUUGCCAUACAUCCUCUGGCGCCAGGAUGACUGAGUCGUGAAAUGGUUGUGGCCAAGAGAAAAGGAACCA